UUUUGCCUUAAUUCCAACAUAUUUUUCUACAAAUGGCUCUGCAAAAACUAAAUCUUCUCCCGCUCAACAUUUUCCAUACCACCAAAAAAUUUUUCCAUGUUUCCGCCACAACAUGUAAAACAUUUCGUCAAAUGUAUCGAGAUUUUUGGACACCCAAAAGUGGCAAUCAUCCACCUUAUGGUCAUUUUACACAAGUGGGGGAUCCAGUGUUACGUUCUCAAGCAGCAGAGGUGCCUCAAGACAUGUUGGACAGCAAAGAAAUCGAUAUGAUUGUAGAACAAAUGGUUAAAGUUCUUAGGAAAUACAAUUGUGUGGGCAUAGCGGCUCCACAAAUUGGUGUAUCUUUGCGUAUUAUUGUCAUGGAAUUUAAAAAGGAUUUGAAUAAGAAUUUUUCAAAGGAGGUUUAUGAGGCGAGAAAAAUGUCACCACUGCCGUUAACAGUUAUGAUAAAUCCCUCCUUAAAAGUUACCAACUACACUAAACAUAAACAUCCGGAAGGCUGUAUGAGUGUGCGUAGCUAUUCCGCUGAAGUGGAACGUUAUGAGGGUGUCACUUUAAGGGGAGUAGGUAAACGGGAUACACCAUCUGAACUUCAACUGACAGGUUGGAAUGCCCGCAUAGCACAACAUGAAAUGGAUCAUUUAGAUGGCAAGCUAUAUAUAGACCAAAUGGAUCGUUCGACAUUUUAUUGCACAUGCUGGGAGACGGUUAAUUCGAAGGCAGGACGAGUCGAAAUACCUUUUUAUAAAUAAAUUAAAAAAGAAAAUGUUUACAUUUAAGUGCAAUUGUUAAAAUAUAAAACGUUGGUUAAAAAAAUAAAGUUAAAUUUUUAAUAAAAGUAUAAUAUAAA